AUGGGCAGCAAUGAGCCCACGUACGGUGGGAUCCCGGAUCUCCGCUGGCGCCUCUUCCACGAGGUGGGCUGGGGCUUCCUGAUAGGCGGAGGCUGCGGCUCGAGCUUGCACUUCCUCAGGGGCCUCCGCAACUGGCCCAGUGGCGGCCGCCUCGUCGGCGCUGCCCACGACCUCCGCGUGAACGCGCCCCGCGUCGCCGGCUCGUGGGGCGCCUUCUUCGGCAUCAGUUGCGCCUUCGAGAGUGCCAUGUCCCUAGCGCGCCGGAAGGAGGACCCCUGGAACUCCGUUGCCGCAGGGGCCGCGACCUGGGGCCUCCUCGACGCGCGCCUGGGAGCCCGCGCCGCCGCCCGCUCCGUGAUUCUUGGCGCCACCGUCGUCGCACUCUUUCAAGGCGUCUACAUCGUGUUCGACCGCAACUUUUUGGCAGUGCCGCAGUAUGUCCCGCCGGUCCCGGAUGAUCCCUGCCUCCCAGCGCCCGCUGGCCAUCGACCCACGCCGGGCGGCUUCCUGGGGAUCCCGCGACAGCGCAUUGUGGUCCAGCAGAUCUCCGUCGCUGACAAACCCUGGCUGUAG